AUGGACUCGGAACAGACUCCGGCGCAAGUCGACGAGCGACCUGCCUGUGGAGCUUGUCGGAAACGGAAAUUGCGUUGCUCGCGUGAGCUACCUCUGUGUGCACAUUGUCGGAGGAUUGGGACAUCUUGUUCAUACGAUGUGGAUCGCGAGAAGCCUGGGCUCAAAGCUGGCGCUGUGGAGGCGUUGCGCAGGCGAGUUGAGGCUCUUGAAGAUGCGGUAUUCCAAGCAGAAGAUGGUCCGCGCGAUAUACCUCGUUUCCCGACUCAAGAUCCAACGGCUGUCGCAGCCGCGCUUUGCGAUGGACUUGAACAGCUUCUAGGGCAGCUGCGACCAAACAACAAGCGCAGACGACAAUUAUCGACCGCGUCUGAUAUCUCCUUAACGCGCGAUGCGCAAGAUGGCGAUGCGCCGCCUACUGAAUUGCUCCCUCGUUCGCCAAACCCAAACAAGCGCAGACGCGUGAACGACCGGCCAUUGAUUGAACCGGAUGACUUUGCCGAAUUGUCGUCCACAUUGCCGAGCUCAGAUAUCCUGAACGCCGUCGUUGAUUUGUACUUCUCCCUGGUGCAGCCGUGGAUCCCUACAUUCCAUGAGAAACGGUUCCGCCGACGCAUGAAGGACCCGAACGAGAGGGCACGAUUAGAGGUCGUCUUACACGCCAUGGUCUUCGCAUUGCUCAGGCACGUGGAUUCCACUUUGGCAGCUGGUCUGGAUGAUAUUGAUGCCAUCUGCGAGAGGUCACGCAAGAUUGUCGUACUCACAGGGAUGAAUGAUUUGCACGUCGAAAACCUUCAGGCGCUGACGAUUAUUUGCUUUGAAGAUAUCGGCUCAGGCAGGCUUUCUCGAGCAUGGCCCAUUGUGGGCUCUCUUACGCGUACGGUAGAGUACCUCCAAUUAAGCGUCGAGUCCGAACACCAUGACAACGGUCCCUUACUCCAGCCGCGACCUUGUCUCCCGCCGGCGGAGGACUGGAUAGAGGAAGAAGAGCGGCGGCGUGUGUUCUGGACGAUUUUCAAUCUCGACAGGUUUUGCUCAGUAACUACAGGCUGGAACACCAGUCUGACCUCAAACGACGUUCAUAGACGGUUACCGGCCGACGGAGGAUUGUGGCACAAUCAAGAAAUAGUGACGACGCCUUUCUUCGGCAUAUGGGAUAAAUCCGCCGGCAAGAUCGGAAACCUCAUUGCAUUUCAGCCCACAGAUUACAAUACAGUCGAGUCUCCACGCAGUCGCUUUUCCAUAGGUCAAGGGCAUCCACAUCUACCGGCGCCGGAAGAAAGAGUCGACAUGAAUACAAUUGGGGCGUUUGCGUAUCGAGUUGAAGCGACCGAGUCGCUUAGCAGAGUCACGACGUUCUUCUUGCAGCAGAGGAUCAAUUAUCGUGAUCGGCAGGAGAUGGGUAGUUGGCUUAUGCGCUUCAAGGAACUGGAUUUGCGUCUGGUCAGCUGGAAGAUGUUCCUUCCCCAACGGUGGAAAGACUCGAAUAUUUCCCGGCAACCGACCGUCGUCAAUAUGGAUCCGAACCUGACGCUAGCGCACAUCACACAUAACACGUCCAUGAUCCUGCUUCACCAACGCAUCGCAUACCCGCCGUCUGAGUGGUUGGAAGUAGUCAAACUCCCCAUCUUGUCCAGCGCCGAGACCUGCGAAGCUGCUGCGGCAGAGACGGCCAAUAUCACCCAGAAGUACAUGGACAACUCCCCUGCAGACAGCAUUGUCGAUAGUCAGUUUGCUUUUUGUGUCUUUGUUAGCGCGCGAGUUCUCUUAGUCCACUGGCGCUACUACAAGACCGACCUUUCCUCCGACUUCUGGGCGCUGACGAGUUUCCUGGAUACCAUGUCCGCCCGGUGGUCCAGUCAUACUCACGCUAGAAGUGGGAAUCUAGCUGCAAAGUACUGUGACCAGCUCCGGGGUCUCUACCACAAGUGCCAGAACGAUGAAUCCUUCAAAAUGGAUGUUCUGGGAUACUCGAAUGAGAUCAAGUGGAAUGGCAGGGGUUCAGAGACGGAUCAAGAUGUGCCACAGCAUGGCGACACUGGGUUUGUUCACUCUCAAGGGCCUGCAACUGCCUCAAACACGCAGCAUCCGGAGUUUGUUCCAACCCAGCAACCUGGUGGUGGUAUUCUUGGUAUGGAGCAUGCUCCGUCGCAGCCAGCGAUACUCAACGCCGGGUCUGGAUCCGCGAGCUACAAUACAGGCAGUCCAGACGAGUUAACAGCAGUCACGUCAAUUCUUCUCGAUCAACAGUACUCGGAGAUGGACCGCAUUAUUAGUCUGAGCAACGCGAAUUUCGCGGCGUAUGUACCUUACAUGGACUGA